GGGACAUACAGCAUCCCUGGGUUCAAUCCCCAGUUCUGGGGGAAAAAAAAAAUUCUUCCAGACCUGGAUUGUUUUCUUCUGGUCUCCUCUCGGGCAACUGUGCUUUCUCCGCAGAGUGCAGAAAGGGGAAAGAGUUCCUCUCCAUGGCACCCGGGCACCACCUUGAACCUGUGUUCCAAAUACUCUCAGAAACCAGCUCGGUGGGUUGCCUUGGACCUCAGCCCUCGAAGGGCUCAACAAUGGAUCAGUAAAUCGUUCGGCUUUUUUCCUCGGUCCCGCUGGAGUGACAUUCUCUCGUGGCUCUCUGCAUCCAAAGUGGAAGUGGAAAUCAUUUUAAUAUGCCUUUUACACAAGGAGAAACAACCUUCUUGUUCAGUGUUGCUAUGACGACUAAGUAAAUCUUAGUCCUUGGAGGAAUCCCUUCUGGAGCCUUCUUUUCCCCUGCCCCUCGGGUCGGGGUGUGCCCCGAUUGAACCCAGGGCCUUGUAUGUGCUAGGGAGCUCUCUACCGCAGAGCCACAACCCCAGCCACUCCGUCCAUCCUGUUCUUAACCAGCAGCCUCUUGGCACAGUUUCUGGGGAGCAGCUUCACCUGUCCUGCGGUGGGGAUUCCUGUACAUCGUGUGUUCUUUCGUGGUUUGCUUCCUCAUUUGGUUGGGGUGCAUCCUCCAGCAGCUUUCUGAGAAAGGGCGCCUGUGUUGAAAUCUCCAGUAAUCCUUGUUGGGACGAUUUACAUUUAAGAGUGGAGCACUAAAAACUCCAUUGCUUGUCUGGGCUUGGGGACCGGGAGAGCUUUCCCAUCAGUUAGAUCUUGGCCAUUUCAUUGAGGAACACCGAAUGCUGGUGGCCUUAGGAUACUCUCCUAGGAACAGUCAGUUUAAGCAGUUUCUUGGUUCCUGUUAGAAGAUCCUGACCCAGGGCAGGUUAAUGUCAGGGAGGGACUGACUCAGAUGUUGCUUGUUCCCAGUUCCCCCCUGGAUGAGGUGGGGGGCUCUAUGGAGUCCCCAGAGAGUCCUCUUUAUGGGAGGGUGUCUUAGGCGGAGCUGUGGAUGGCAGCUGUUACCCAGUGAUCAAACAUUCUGGAGUCACAGAGACCCGGCUUCAGGCACCUUCAAGCAAAGCGAGACCCAGUCCUCCUAGCCUCAGCCUCCUCAUCUGAAACGCAGGCGUAGUGAGGAGCUAAGAAGAGGCUGCAGGUCCCAACCGCGGGACAUGCCAGCUCCUGGAGGAAGUCAGAGGUGGCUCUGUGACCACACUGAAGGUGCACGUUUCCCAGGGCAGGAGCUACUUCUGGAGAGACCUGGCCACAGGGCAUGGAUGGCUGCAGAACCCUUUUCGUCUGCAUGUGCUUUCUGAUUUCUCAGGGCAGGAUCGCAGAGACAGCGCAAGAACUCCUGAGCUGGAUGCAGAACAUGGAGCAGGCCAAGGGCCGGAAGCUGACUUCUCCUGCUCGGCAGGUGGAGGGCCUGGAGCAGAGGCUGCUGAACGCCAGCUUCUACGGGGACAAACUGACCCUGGAGACGCGCACCAUCCAGUCUCUCAUCUUCAAGCUGGGCUGCGACUUCGCUGGCCUGGCACUGAGCAGCCACACUCUGGAGCAGGUCCCGCAGGCCCGGGUCCCGCACGCCAUGCAGUUCCCCGCAGAGCUGACCCGAGAGGCCUGCGCGGCCCGGCCCCGGGAGCUGCGGCUCAUCUGCGUCUACUUCUUCACCACCUACUUCUUCCAGGAUGAAAGCAACUCAUCCCUGCUCAACAACUACGUCCUGGGGGCCCAGCUGGACCGCAGCCACGUGGACAACCUCACAGAGCCAGUCAACAUCAGCUUCUGGCACAACCAAAGCUUGGAAGGCUACACGCUGACCUGUGUCUUCUGGAAGAGGGGAGCCAGCAAGCACCGCUGGGGGGCCUGGAGCCCCGAGGGCUGCCGCACAGAGCAGCCCUCCGCCUCCCAAGUGCUCUGCCACUGCAACCACCUCACCUACUUUGCUGUUCUCAUGCAACUCUCGCCGGCCCCGCUCCCCGAGGAGCUGCAGGCCCCCCUUGAGUACCUGUCCCUCGUGGGCUGCAGCAUCUCCGUGGUGGCCUCGCUGCUCACCAUCGCGCUGCACCUCUAUGCCAGGAAGCUCAGUGACGCCGUCACGCACAUCCACAUGAACCUGCACGGCUCCGUGCUGCUCCUGAACGUGGCCUUCCUUCUGAGCGCCACGGCGGCCGUGGCCCCGGUGCCUGGGCCCGCGUGCUCGGCCCUGGCGGCCACGCUCCACUUCGCGCUGCUCAGCUGCCAAACCUGGAUGGCCAUCGAGGGCUUCAACCUCUACCUUCUCCUCGGCCGCGUCUACAACGUGUACAUCCGCAGAUACGCGCUUAAGCUGGGCGCCCUGGGCUGGGGGGUCCCUGCCCUCCUGGUGCUGCUUCUCCUGGCCGUCGAGAGCUCCGUGUACGGGCCCCGCGUGAUUCCCAUCUCCAGGAGCCUGGAAAAUGGCACGAUCAUCGGGAACACGUCCAUGUGCUGGCUGUGCAGCCCCGUGGUGCACCAGGUCCUGGUCAUGGGCUACAGCGGCGUCACGUCCCUGUUCAACCUGGCGGUGCUGGCCUGGGCGCUGUGGGCCCUGCGCAGGCUGUGGGCACAGAACAGGACACUGAGCGGCCGGGCCUGCAGGGACGCCGUCACCGUGCUGGGCCUCACCGUGCUGCUGGGCACCACCUGGUCCUUGGCUUUCUUCUCCUUUGGCCUCUUCCUGCUGCCCCAGCUCUUCCUCUUCACCAUCGUCAACUCGCUCUACGGUUUCUUCCUCUUCCUGUGGUUGUUCUUCCAGAGGUGCCACUCGGAGGCGGAGGCCAAGGCAGAGAUGGAGGCCUUCAGCUCCUCCCAGAUGACGCAGUGACCCGGCACCGCCUGCGGCCCAAGGCCCUGGCUCCUACCAGAGACGGUGGCAGGCCUGCUGCAGGACACCGAGGCCCCGGUGCCUCCUGGGCCUUGGUACCUCCACCGCCUCCCCAGGCACAGAGGGCGCCGUGGGCCGGGGUCAGCCAGCUGGCCUGGCCUGUCGGCAGAGCUCGGGCCUGGGAGCCAGGAGGCCUGGCUCUGAGUCCUGCCGAGCGAUCUGGGGCCUAUCACGGACCCUCGGUUUCCACAUCGGUGACGUGGGGACAAGUGGCUGACCGGGAGCUGUGUGAAGACUGAACACCAGGGGAGAAGAAUGUCAGUGGGGUGGCAUUCCCUCCUGGCCUCCCGCUGUGGCCUCCACUGCCUUCUGGAGUGGGUCCCUACCUUCCUCCUGGGGAGGAUCGGGCUUCACCUGACCCGCGGCCCCUGCCAGCCCUCAGGGCCCCACCCCAGCCCUCACCAGCCUGCGCCCAAGGAAGGCCACGUUUCCUUCCACCCCCAAAAUGAUAACAUCCAACUCAGAGCCCAUCCUUCCCAAAGAUGGGGCGGUCCAGUCCUCUCCAGGGCAUCCUCCUCCCGUGCUUCCAAGACCCCCACAGUCCCUUCAGGUCAGCCACCAAGGCCACAGGCCUUCCCUGGCUUUGGGCCGGGGAAGCUUCUCCCUCCAGUUGGUUGAGCCUCUGAGUUAGGUGUCAGGGGAAGACUGAGUUUCCCCUGGUGGGCAUGAGGGUGUGGGUUCUAAACUCCAAGCUCUGGUGGCCACGGUGGCCUUAGACCCGUCUGUCAGGAGACAACACUCUCGAAGCCGGUGCUUUUCCCGGGAUAGACACCAGGCGGCGCUCUUGGCCUGUGAACCGAGGCAUUAGUGCCAAGGCUGCCCCUGGAAACGCAGCCGUCACCUGUGGACCCCAAGUGCCCGCUGGAGAGAGGGGUCCCUCCAGGACUGUGCCUGUGGAGUGACUGCAGGAGGAGACCCCAGGACAGCAGUGCGAGGUCACUUUGGGGGGCUUGUGCCCCAGGCAUCCUGGCACUAGAGCAGCUGGCCCGGAUGGACUCUUAGGGCUCUGCCCCAGGCCAUCAACAGACUUUGUGACCUUGGGCCAGGGAACUGGAGCGGGUCCUUGUUCUCCCAGGGUCUCCUCUUCCCCUCUGCACAUCUCUGGAGGCGAACAGCUCCUCGCUAGCUGGCGAGUGAGUGGUCCAGGCCCAGGGCCGCUCCUGGCUGAGACUGUGGACAAGUCACUCAGACUGGGCCUUCCUUUCCCCCUCUGUACAAUGGGACAAUGGCGGGACCUGCUCUGGAGAUUCAGCAAAAGAGUCCCUAUAAAGAGGCUCGGUCCUCAGGGAGGUGCUGCGGGCUCUA